CCGGGACAAAUUUCCCAGUUUCAGCAUUCGUGGGUUGCACAUGGUACCUCGCCAGCAGUGGGAAAGGAUCCAUGGAUGAAGAUGCCUACGGAGGUAGAAAGACCCUCCUUCGUCUUAUGAGUGACGACCGUCAACACCGUCACCACGCUUUCUCACUGGCUCUUAACCGUCACCGGGAGACCUCCCGACCCAGACUCUACCCAGACUCUUCCUCGUUCGCAACCCGAUCGGUUCCUACGACUUUUGCAUCAUAUCUUCAUCCUGCAAUCAUCCUUACCAACUAACCUGUUCUGUUCCUUUUCCUCCCAUCAGUUGGCUUCCCAGUCAACCUCCAUCUUCCUCCCCAGAUAUGCACGGACGGCGAGGUCUCGACCGGGGUGGCAGAUGCCAUUAUGCAACUGUGCCAUCCGGGCAUUCACAUUGUACGUAUGAGGUCUCCACUGUACCGGAAGGGUUACGAAACUACGGGCCGGGUAGCCCACGGCAUAAAACUUCCUUAAAGCGUACAGCAGCCAUCCCCGUCACGCGGCCCUUAGUGGGAAACUGAAAAAUGAAAAAUAGAACCAAAACCUAGACCUCGAAGCACUGAUGCGAAUCAAGGUAUUGGUCCCGGGGGUGUGCUUUGCAGCAUGCGAGGGUGUGAAGACUGAU